AGUGGUGUAGCGGAAGACAAACCCUCAACUCUAUCCUGUUUUAAAGACUAAAAGAAAAUAUUCUCCGAAACAGAUGUAUCAGAUUGGUUUUACAAAACUGUAGAAGGAUUCCUGUGAAACAUUUGUUCUGAAAAAAUGUUAUUAGCCAAAUUUCUUGACAUCACCAACUGGAGUGUGAAGAAGAGAAGCCUGUGUGCUGAUUGAAGUUGGAUAAAUUAAUUGAAGUGUUGCUAAACAUAAGUAACACUGGACAUAAAUACAGCAGAAGAACUGUUUGCAAGAAAUAAAGUAUAAAAAGAAAAAGAAGAAAAAAUAUAAACUGGGAUUUGAGAGGCAAAAUAUUGGAAGAGAGUGAAAAAAUUGUAUGAUUCAUUUCUUCUGAACACAUGAGAGAAGUGAUUAGAUCAUGUGACUGUGAUAUCUUUACAGAUGUCUUUUUUUAAAAGAAAUUAGACUAAUUAUGCACAAACGUAUUCAUACAGGGGAGAAACCAUAUCAGUGUGAUAUCUGUGGUAAAUCCUUCUCUUACAGUAGUUACUUAUCUACACACAAACAUAUUCACACUGGAGAGAAAUCAUAUCCUUGUGAUAUCUGUGGUAAAUCAUUCACUCAAAAUAGUAACUUAACUGUACACAAAGGAAUUCAUACAGGAGAGAAGCCAUAUCAUUGUGAUAUUUGUGGUAACUCAUUCUCUCGGAAUAAUCACUUAACUACACAUAAACGUAUUCAUACAGGAGAGAAACCAUAUCAUUGUGAUAUCUGCGGUAAAUCAUUCUCUAGUAGUGGUUAUGUUAAUGUGCACAAACUUAUUCAUACAGGAGAGAAACCAUAUUAUUGUGAUAUCUGUGGUAAAUCAUUCUCUAGCAGUGGUUAUGUUAAUGUGCACAAACGUACUCAUACUGGAGAGAAACCAUAUCACUGUGAUAUCUGUGGUAAAGGAUUCACUGACUAUAGAAACUUAACUGCACAUAAACGUAUUCAUACAGGAGAGAAACCAUUUCAAUGUAAUAUCUGUGGGAAAGCAUUUUCCCAAAAUUCUGUCUUAAUAAGACACAGACAUAUUCAUACGUCUCACAGUAGUUACUUGUAUAGACACAAACGUAUUCACACUGGAGAGAAACCAUAUCAUUGUGAUAUCUGUGGUAAAUCAUUCUCUCAGAGUGGUGAUGUUACUGCUCACAAACGUACUCAUACAGGUGAGAAACCAUAUAAUUGUGAUAUCUGUGGUAAAUCAUUCUCUCAGAGUGGUGAUGUUACUGCUCACAAACGUACUCAUACAGGAGAGAAACCAUAUAAUUGUGAUAUCUGUGGUAAAUCAUUUACUAACAUUAGUCAUGUAACUAUACACAGACGUACUCAUACAGGUGAGAAACCAUAUCACUGUGACAUUUGUGGUAAAUCAUUCUCUGAAAAUAGAAUCUUAACUGCCCACAAACGUACUCAUACAGGUGAGAAACCAUAUCACUGUGAUAUCUGUGGUAAAUCAUUCUCUUAUAAUUGUGUCUUAACUGUACAUAGACGUAUUCACACAGGAGAGAAACCAUAUCAUUGUGAUAUUUGUGGUAAAUCAUUCUCUCAUAAUAGUGUCUUAACUGCACAUAAACGUAUUCAUACAGGAGAGAAACCAUAUCAUUGUGAAAUCUGUGGUAAAUCAUUCUCUAAAAAUGAUUAUUUAACUAUACACAAACGUGUUCAUACAGGGGAGAAACCAUUUCACUGCAAUAUCUGUGGUAAAUCAUUCUCUGACAAUAGAAACUUAAUGAAUCACAAACUGAUUCAUACAGGAGAGAAACCAUAUCACUGUGAUGUCUGUGGUAAGUCAUUCACUGACAAUAGAAACUUAACUGCACAUAAACGUAUUCAUACAGGAGAGAAACCAUAUAAUUGUGAUAUCUGUGGUAAAGCAUUUUCUCAAAAUUCUAUCUUAACAAGACACAGACAUAUUCAUACAGGGAAGACAGGAAAAGGGUAGUUCCUUGUUCGCUAUAUAUUUUUAAUAUUCUUGUGUUUCAUGUAAUGGAAAAUAUGAGUAAAAAUAUUUCAAAAAUUUUA